AUGCCCGAUGAUGCCAUCGGCGAUGCUUUCUUCGCGAAUCACACAUGGACAAUGGAGAUAUUUGAUAUCGCAAGUAACAGUAAUGCCGUUAUUGAUGAGUGUCGUGCCAUGAAUCGCUUUGCAGCUGCAACUAAUGACGAUUCUGGGACAUUGACAUCGGUCAAGAUGAAAGUCUCGGCAAAAAAUGCAUUUUUUGGAUAUUUUCCCUUCAUAAAUCGACUGAAACAACUCACCUUGGAAGAAAUUUCCAAUAGAAAACUUCAAAACAUGAAUUCAGUUGAACUAAUUUUGGAAUCUUUCGAGUCUACGUUCUCUUUGUACUCAACUUCCAACUCGUCAGUGACCUUCGAAGGGGUCGAUAUCUGUUUAGCGGAACUCUUAUCACAAAAAUUGAACUUUUCUCUGAAGACUUUUCCUCGAGAUGGCGAAUUUUUCGGAAGUCAAUUGCCAAAUGGGAGCUUUUCUGGUGCAAUUGGGCGCAUUUCUCGACGAGAAACGGACUUUGCGAUGGUUGGAUUUUUCAUCAAAGAUUAUGGAACGCCCGAAUUGGACUUUAGUACGCCUCUGUACUCCGAUCAACUUUGUGUCGUUGUGAAAAAAGCUGAAAGAAUUCACGCCGUAGAGAUUCCUUUGUUGAUUUUCGAUACAAAAUUAUGGAUUUUUUGCUUUUUUGUCAUGUUUUUGUCAUCGGGAUUCAUGUUUUUCUUGCGAAAUUUAAACGUUAAAAGAGGAAAAGUCAAGAAAAAAUCCCCAUUUGACGCUCCAAUUGUCGCUUUGAAGGGAUUUUUCAGUAUUUCGAUGCACGAUUUGCCAAUUGUCACGAACGAAAGACUUUUUCUCGCGUGUCUUUUGAUGUUCUCAGUUAUUGUUCUGUCAAUGUUUCAAUCUAACCUCGCAAAUUUUUAUAUAAAACCCUUAUAUUAUCGAGAUAUAGACACGUUGGAACAAUUAGACGCCCAAAUCGAUCAGAUAAUUGUUCAACAUCGCGCCAUUAUGGAUGACGCCUUUCCCGAUAAUGUCUCCCAAACGAUGACUAACCUCAAAAUGAAACUUCAACUUGACAAUUUAAUCGAUGAUGAUGAUUUGAUGAACAGUUUGUCUCAUUUUAAGCGUCGUGGAUGCAUUACGAGGCGCGCGAACACGUUUAUAGAAGAAGCAAAGUAUUAUAUUAGAGAACAGCUCCAUCUCGUGGAUGAAUGCCCGCGAUCUUACAAUUUGGCGUUCAUUAUGCCGAAAGAUUCGUACUUGAAUGAGAGACUUAAUGAGGUUUUGGGGAGAAUAGUUGCUUCGGGAUUGAUUCAAAAAUGGACUUCGGAGAUGGUUUUUAAUCAAACGAUGAAAAAUUUGAAGAUUUUUAGUGAAUUGCAAAAUGUUAACUUUAGGACGCUGACGCUAGAGGAUCUGCAGUUGUCGUUUUAUGUACUUUUGGCGGGAAUUUUGAUGAGCGUCAUUGUUUUGAUCUUCGAAAGUUGUAUAAAAUCUGAAAGAAAUGAAUAA